AUGGAGAUUGAGAACAUCGUCGCAAACACGGUAUACAUCAAAGCGCGAGAAAGUGGCGGGCAGAAGAAGGGUAAAAGCAAAAAAUGGAAGAACUAUUUGCAAUUUCCACACUAUACGGAGUGCUUAUCGCUAAAAAACGAUAUCGAUGCUAGUUAUGAGUUUGUUGUCGAAAAGCAGCCCAUCGGAAAAGCGCUCUUUCAUGAAUACUGUCAAGCUACCAACUCGCAAUAUCACCAAUGUUGCGUUUUCCUCACAAAGGUUGAGGAGUACGAAACAUCUGAUGAUGAUGGUCAAUCUCGUCGGGAGCUGGCUCAAUCAAUAGUUAAGAUGUUGUCUCCGCAGCCAGAUGAAAAUCCAUCGUCUUCCAAUGACGAACAAACAAUAUGGUGCUCAUUUCUUCCCGAUGAGAUCAUAACAUCAUGCCUUGCGCUUGCGGACUCAGCCGCCCAAGAAACCGAACCUCGUAGCGAUAUCUUCAGCGAACCUUAUAGACUUGUUAGAGCAUUUUUAACCGAGGAGCCUUUUAAACAAUUUUCGGAUUCCAUGUAUUUUCAUCGAUUCCUGCAAUGGAAAUGGCUUGAAAAGAGGCCAGUGGAUAAACACACGUUUCGAUUAUACCGAGUCCUUGGCAAAGGCGGAUUUGGCGAAGUGUGCGCUUGUCAGGUCCGCUCAUCGGGCAAAAUGUAUGCGCUCAAAAAAUUGGAAAAGAAGCGGGUGAAGAAGCGCCAUGCCGAAACGUUGAGUCUCAACGAGAAACAAAUACUCCAGCGUAUCAAUUCGCCGUUUGUGGUGAGCUUGGCGUAUGCCUAUGAAACAAAGGAUGCGCUUUGUCUGGUGUUAACAUUGAUGAACGGCGGUGAUCUCAAAUUUCACCUAUACAACCUGAUGCCGGGCGGAUUUGACGAGAAGCGCGUGCAGUUUUACGCCGCUGAAAUCACUCUCGGGCUUCAACACCUGCACAGCGAGCACAUUUUGUAUCGCGACCUGAAGCCCGAGAACAUAUUGCUCGAUGAUUACGGCCACGUUAGAAUAUCGGAUCUCGGUCUCGCUGUUGAACUCAAAGAAAAUGAAGCAAUUAAAGGCCGAGUGGGAACCGUUGGUUAUAUGGCGCCGGAAAUUGUCAAAAAUGAGAAAUAUUCAUAUGGCGUCGACUGGUGGGGCGUUGGAUGCUUGAUUUAUGAAAUGAUCGAGGGCAAGGCGCCAUUCCGGCAGCGAAAGGAGAAAGUGAAACGCGAAGAAGUUGAGCGACGCGUUCGCGAGGACCAAGAGAAGUAUUCAGAAAAGUUUAGCGAGGCGGCUCGAACUCUUUGCCGAGGCCUUCUUCACAAGGAGCCAUCAUUCCGUUUGGGAUGUCGACGCGUGGGAAGGCCGGAAGACGGCGCCGAGGAGAUUCGCGCUCAUCCAUUUUUCAACACGCCGGAUUCGAACACUGGAAGGGAACCAGUGCCUUGGAAAAAGAUGGAAGCCGCUAAAGUGACGCCUCCAUUCUGUCCCGAUCCACGAGCGGUGUAUGCCAAAGAUGUUCUAGAUAUUGAGCAAUUCAGCACUGUAAAAGGUGUUCGUCUCGAUGCCAAUGAUACCCAAUUCUAUGGGAAAUUCAAUACUGGAUGUGUCAGCAUUCCGUGGCAAAACGAGAUGAUUGAAACCGAAUGCUAUGCCGAGCUAAACACAUUCCAUGAAGAAAACGGGGAACUCGUUUGGAACCUGCGGCCCGAUUCAUUGCUCAAUGAUGAGCGCCGAAAUGGCACCAAUAAGCCAGGAUUCUUUGCGCGGUUAUUCCGCCGAAAGAAUAUUGAAAAUGCAAGAUCUCUACACGACCUUUCAAGAACUGAGAAUGACAGUCAAAUUAAAUGUAGUGCGGCGCUUCGACAGAACCGCGCAGCUUCUGCUUGUGGACGCACAAAUCUUAUUUGA